AACACAAAAAAUGUUCGGUCGUGUGAAAUGGUCAGCAGUUGUGUAAAGUGUAAAGUUAUGCGUUCGUUAUAAAAGACACCAAUUUCAAUGUAGAAAGUUAAAAGUGCGAAUGUGUUUGAGAGACUGCAAGAAAUGAGGACAAGGCACGACGAACCAACCGAAUUAAACAUCACAAGGAGUACUCGGCGACAACGGGAGGAGUUUUGACAUUCAACAAACACAUCUAAUAAAAAAUAAUACUUAUUUCCCAUCGCCAUCCCUGAGACCGACACAGACCGGAACCUUUGAUCGCGUCUUCACAAUUCUAUGCACAAUUUAGUGCGGCGGACCCAUUCAGGAAGCGCGUCCCGGUGGCUGUGAAUGGCUGUGACCUGCUCGGUGUUUUCAUCAGUAAAAUGGACUUGUAGCUGGAGAGAAGAGACAUGUUUACCUUAAAGGCUUUGCAGAAAAACAAAACUGUCAAAUAUGGAGUCCCUAUGCUUUUGCUCGUAGUUGGAGGUUCCUUUGGCCUGCGAGAGUUUACACAAAUUCGCUAUGAUGCGCAGAGGAUCAGAAAAAAGCUGGAUCCGUCUCUGGAGGCCAAAGUAAAUGUCCAGAAGCAGUCAGCCAUGCUGGAGGAGGAGUAUGAGAAGUUGAAGGAGGUGAAUUUGGAGGAGUGGAAGAACAUCCGCGGUCCUCGUCCAUGGGAGGACUCCAGGGAGUACCAGGAGCAGCAGCGCGCCAGGCAGAAUAAAAAAGACUGAGGCUGCACACACACACCGCAGCAGGUCGGACCAGACGGGAAUGGGCCGAGUCUGGGGGCAAAGACUGAGACUAGGGGUGUAAAUCCCAAAUUUUAUCUCGAUACCAUAUUCUGUUGAUUCUUUGGACACCGAUACAAUAUUUACUGAUAUCCAAAAGUCUGUCACGAUACGAUUUUGGUUGAAUUCAGGGGCCUGUGAUCGAUACGAGACGUGAUCAUAUGCCUAUUUUACACAGUAAAACAUGCUAAAAUAUGAUUUGUCAGUUUUAUGACUGAGCUCUUCCAGGCAUUUAAAUUACAAACAAACUAUUCUUUUUAAUAUAAAGAAUAAAAAUGAAGUGGGAAUCUAAAAAAUAAAGGGGCAUCUUACAUACAAUAUGUGGCUUUGCAUCCAUAAUAUUGGAUCGUGGCAUAUUGAAAGGAUAUGACGAUCCAGAUCUCUAUGGUUACACCCCUGACUGAGACCCAGGCGCUGCAGCCUCAGGGCAUGGACUCCACUUCUAUGGUCUUGGUUUGUGUUGGACUUUAAACUUUGCAACGUGUGUGUGUGUGUGUGUGUGUGUGUGUGUGUGUGUGUGUGUGUGUGUGUGUGUGUGUGUGUGUGUGUGUGUGUGUGUGUGUGUGUGUGUGUGUGUGUGUGUGUGUGUGUGUGUGUGUGUGUGUGUGUGUGUGUGUGUGUGUGUGUGUGUGUGUGUGUGUGUGUGUGUGUGUGUGUCAGGAGCUUGUCUUAAACAACCAGUAGGUGGCACAUCUGUGUGCUGCUGUACCUUACACACAAAAGCAAGGUAGGACAAAUGUAUAGCAAUGUAUGAUUCCCAUGUCUCAAUAAAUUACUUUCUAUUGAUCCAAA